AUGAUUAAAAAUAGUACAUUGAAAUUUAACAUAACAACUAUUGUUGAAAAAUCUUUAACAAAUUAUGAAACCACCGGUGCUAUCAUAUAUAUUAUUGUUGUUCUUCUUUGGUAUUCAGUUGGUAUUGUAUUUAUGUUAGGAAUUCAAAUGUCAACUCGUUCGGAAGAAAACGAAGAUUCAGUUAGACGUCGAACAAGAACUUUUAUUCGAAAUAUAAAUGAUCAUAAUAAUAAAAAAGAAAUCUUAGAAGAAUUAGUUGAUAAACAAAAUCGAGAUCGACUUUGGAAUAUUUAUUUAGGUGAAAGUAGUGAUGAUACAAAAGAUUAUUUAAUUCGUGCUGAGACUGUUCGUAUACGUCAUAUUAAAAAAAAAUUAGCUGCAAUAAAAAGAAAUUAUCAUUUAGCAUAUGAUGCAUUAUUAUUGCCUUCAACACAUAAUAUUCAUUAUGCUCGUAGUCGUUCAGAGAAUCGGUCUGAAACAUUUCAAUUAUCAUGGGGAGUAACUUCUUCUCGUCGACGUCAUUCCUCAUUAGAUCAACAAACUCUUGAUCAAUUGAAACAAUUAACUAAUCAAUCAAAAUUUUAUGAUCAAUUACCAUGGACUAUACGUAAAUAUAUUAUUCAACGAUAA